AUGGCACUAAUGAGAAGAUGUGCUCCGCUUUUUGCUAGGUGUAUCAAAAUACCACCUAUGACUUUACAGAGUCAAAAAAUUCAUCGAUGGGUAGCUCCUACGCUUGUAGAAUUAAAGAGGAGAGAAAAAAAGUUAGGCGGAAAGAAAACAAAUCCCCGUAACACUUUUCUGGAAUGGAAUUUGGAGGCUGAACUUUAUGCUUUUGGAAAACGUUUGAAUGAAGAAUUCGACUCGGAUUUGUUACUACAAGCGUUUACUGACAGAACUUAUAUUAUAAAGGAAGAAAUGAAACAAAAAGAAAUGGGAGUAGAUAUUCCUAUGAAGGACAAUAUGGAGUUGAUUGCAGAAGGAGAAAAGUUCAUAAAUGAAUAUGUGCAGCUCUACCUAGAGACAGUUUUACCGAAAUUUCCAUUAGAGGGAGUGAAUGAAGUGAGAAAUUAUCUUACAAAUGAGGACAGACUGGCUAAAAUCUCCUUGAGUCUGGGAACUAAGGACAUCAUACUAGCUGCAGAAUAUCCAGUUGAUAAUUACAUUUUAGCAAAUACUUUUAAAGCCAUUGUAGCUGCUUUGUUAGAAUCAACAAGUGAAGAAAGAGCAGCACAUUUUGUUAGAGAUUUUGUUAUCACACAGUUACAAGGUAAAGAUGUGAAUGAGUAUUGGAACAUUGAAGACCCUUGGACUAUGCUUACUGGCUUCAUAGAAAAAGAUGGAAGUAAAGUAGAACCUCGACUAAUUGGAGAAGUUGGAAAAAAUACGUUACUUGCCUGUUACAGAAUUGGCCUUUAUGUGAACAAGAAAAUGAUAUCUGAAGGUUUCGGUGAAAAAAUUGAAAUAGCAAAAGAAAUGGCUGCUAGAGAAGCUCUUAAAAGAAUAUUUGGUACCGAAGAUCACAUGAAACCUAUUAAUUUUAAAAUUUCUGGUAUACCAAAGGGGUCUUCCCAAGAACGUUAUCAGAUUGCCAGUAAUUAACUAUACCUUUGUAGCGUAAAACAAAUAAAAAUUCAAUUAAGUAACAUUUA